CAGGGACAACAAACAGAACAAUGUUCCUGUGAGGCCAAGAGUUUGUUUUGCCAUUUGUUCUCUGUACAUUACCAUGGAAUACAAGUGCUGCUGUGAGUACAAGAAGAAAUAACUUCAUACCCUGCAUUUAUCUCGGACACGUCCUGAAGCUUAAACAGGUCAUAGUGCUCUUCUUUUGCACUGGACCACUUCACUGCUUUCUCCAUGGAAAUCCCUCCAUCUGGGGACACUCCACCGCCACCUUUGUGUGAGACUCUCCGCAGAGAUUUCCGAGUACUUGGAGACAUGUAGAGACUGAAUGACAGACAGCAAAGGCAGCUGUGGGCACAGGAGGUGGAAAGAGUGGUGGAAAGCCUGUACCAGUGUAUCCCCAGCACCACUGUGCACCAGCUGGAGUGGAAACACCAUCCCCACUUGUGACACACCACAGGAGAUGAUCCCCCCAAAGGAGAUUUCCCUCUUCAGAAAAAAUCUCCGAAACUCUGUGGCUCCAACUACCCCCUGAGCAUUGCCUUCAUUGUGGUGAACGAGUUCUGCGAGCGCUUCUCCUACUAUGGCAUGAGAGCUGUCCUGACACUAUAUUUCUUAAGCUUCUUCCACUGGGAUGAGAAUCUCUCCACUGCUGUGUACCAUGCCUUCUCUGCAUUGUGUUAUUUCACACCUGUCAUCGGAGCCAUCAUGGCAGACUCGUGGCUGGGCAAAUACAAGACGAUCAUCUACCUCUCCAUUGUGUAUGUUGUUGGCCAUCUGAUAAAGUCAGUCGGUGCCAUUCCAUCCCUGGGCAACCAGGCAGUUCAUGUGGUCCUGUCUAUGGUUGGUCUGUUUUUGAUCGCCCUUGGAACAGGAGGUAUCAAGCCCUGUGUCUCUGCAUUUGGUGGGGACCAGUUUGAAGAGGAACAUACUUCAGAGAGAAGCAAGUUUUUUUCCAUCUUCUAUUUAUCCAUUAAUGCUGGAAGUUUGAUCUCCACGUUUGUAACUCCUGUAUUAAGAGGGGAUGUGAAAUGUUUUGGAGAGGAUUGUUAUGCACUGGCUUUUGGUGUCCCAGCAGCACUGAUGGUGUUGGCACUUGUUGUGUUCAUUGCUGGAAGUGGACUGUACAGAAAAACACCACCACAAGGAAAUGUCUUGCUGGAAGUGUGCAAAUGCAUCGGUUUUGCUAUUAAAAACCGGCUGAAAAACCGCUCCCGUGAGAUUCCAAAGAGAGAUCACUGGCUGGACUGGGCUUCAGAAAAAUACUCAAAACAGCUGAUUGGUGAGGUUAAAAUGGUGACUCGUGUUCUCUUCCUCUUCAUACCACUGCCAAUGUUCUGGGCCCUGUUUGAUCAGCAGGGAUCCAGGUGGACUUUGCAAGCCACAAAAAUGAAUGCUGAUUUUGGAAUAUAUGUCCUUCAGCCUGACCAAAUGCAGUUCUUAAAUCCACUUCUUAUUCUUGUCUUCAUCCCAAUUUUUGACCUUGGGCUCUACCCCCUGAUAAACAUGUGCAAAUUGAAUUUCACACCUAUUAGGAAAAUGGCAACAGGUAUGAUCCUUGCAGGGCUGGCAUUUGGACUUGCAGCUGUUAUAGAAGUCAAAAUAAAUGAAACUGAUAUGCCUCGCCUUGUCCCAAAAGAAAGUUUAAUUCGGGUCCUGAAUUUGGCAAAGAACCCUGUUCAAGUGACAAUCCAAGACAAGGACCUAUUUCAGCAGCCUGUGGAGUCUUUUCAGAACCCAGCUGAGUACUCAAAAUUAAUAUUGAAUGGAGAGCAACAGAGCCUUCACUUCACCCUGCAACAUCAAGGAUUGACUCUUGCUUUUAACUACACCGUGAAGGAAAAAUCAGUAUACAGCUUAAUUGUUUUUGAGGCACAAGGAAGCCUAUCAAGCCGCUUAAUUACAGACUUGGAAGCAAAGCCAGAAAAUGGUUUGGCAGCUGUUAGAUUCAUUAAUGCUUUGAACCAAGAUGUCAACCUCACCAUCAAUAGCAAAAGGUUCAUUGCUGUUCAGAAAAACUACAGUGCUUCUGAGUACUCACUGCUGGAGAGGGACAUAUAUAAUAAUGGAAAAUGCAUAACUGAAACAGGAGAGUUCCCCCUGGAGCUGGGGCUGCUUGACUUCGGUGCCUCAUACACCGUUGUGAUAACUAAUAUUUCUGGAGGUGCUGUUGAGAUGUGGAAGUCAGAAGACAUCAAAGCCAACAAUGUCCAUAUGGCCUGGCAGUUACCACAAUAUUUACUGAUAUCUGCUGGGGAGGUGAUGUUCUCCAUUACAGGUCUGGCCUUCUCCUAUUCUCAGUCUCCAGCCAGCAUGAAGUCAGUGCUGCAGGCAGGCUGGCUGCUCACCGUGGCUGUGGGGAAUACCUUUGUGCUCAUUGUUGCCGAGGCUGCACCAAUGGCACAGUGGGCUGAAUUUGUCUUGUUCACUGUUCUCCUCUUUGCUGUGUGCAUUAUUUUCUCCAUCAUGGGAUAUUUCUAUGUCAGUGUGGAUCCAGAGGACCUAGAAGAAAAGGAAGAGAAGAGAGAGACCUCAAGCAGAGGAAACAUGAUUGGUCUUGUUACUCAGAAAACAAAGCUCUAACACUUCAUGGGUUGGGAUUUUUUUUUUAAACUCACUUAUGAGAAGGUGAAAGAACGGUGGGGACAGUGUUAUUUUAUUUUAGAGCAUUGCAGUCUUUGUUACUCAAAAUGUAACCACCUUAUAAAUGGGACCAAAUGGCCCUCUAUAAAAACAAUGGGGGUCCUGAAAUCAGAACAAAACUCCCUGGGAAAGCACCUCAGGUAUUAAAAGCCCUUAUUAGUAAUUACAUGUAAUUUAAAACCUGCCCAUCUUUUUAAGCAUGGAAUGCUUUCCUAUGAUUUUGCCUUAAACAUAUAUUUAGGGCAGCAGGGAGGAAGGUGGAAGGAAUGCCAUAUGACACAAAAAUCUGGAAAUGUUAUGGGAGAAGAAAGAGGAAAAACUAAUAUAGGAAUUAGAGAAGAAUAGAUGUUAGUGACAGAAGGAUUUUUUAUGCUAUCAUCAAGGACUGUAAGGGUUACACACAAUCCCAAAGGAUUUCAUCAUGUAACUCUCCUUAUGAGUAUUUCAUCCCAUUAUUGCAUGUUAUGAAUGGUUCUGAUUUAUGAUUUUCACCUUCAGGCUCAGAAGUAAUAACAGGGAAUUAAAUUCUGCAGGAUAAAAUAUUCCCAAAACACUGCUGACGAAGACAAGCAUGCUACCACCUCUCCCAUUUUUUCCCCUAGAAGUUUUUAGCAACUGAUGAUGUUGUUUGAUUACACAUGAUUAGAGAAUUGCUUUAUGCUUUCUUAUUUCAGAAUUCCAGACAGUUAUUUGCCAUUUUCCUAUACAUUAAGCCUUUAUUGGGCAUUUCCUUUUACAGCACCUGUCACUGCAAGUUAGGAUAUAGCUGAUUUCUUAUCUCAUGCCUCAGUUAUUCCCCACUGGGAGACAAGUUGCAGUAGUUUCUAUAAAAUUCCAGGCAUCCUGCAGAGAGUUAUUUACAAGGAUGCACUUUAUCAUUUUCUCAGUCUACAAGAGGAGACCGUGGCAUAUGAGAUUUUUCUUUUUCCUCCUUGUUUUUCUGUCUCUACCAGACUCUGGAUAUAGCAAUUUUAUUGGAAUUGUGAUAUAAUUGUCUGAUUUUCCUCAAUUGCGUGAAGCUGUGAUUUCAUGUUCUGCAUAGGAGUAAUCCAACCACUGCUGAUCUAGUAAAACUCCUGAGAGA